CAAUAACAUCGUUUCUCUUCAGUGUAAACGGAAGUGAUCAGUGACCAAGAAGAAUUUCCACAUUAGCGUUUUUAUUGUUGAUAUUAAGACGUGUAUUGACAACAUGGAACUCAACAUAUGACUUAUUUAACUGCACAGCAUCACAUACUUACCCCAUGUAGUCUUUAAUUCGCGUUGGAGGCCGGACUUGGUUGAUAGACGUUUUUUUUAGGUAACGCUAGUUAGCUGCUAACAAUGGCUAACUGUAUGGUUUUUCACACUCAAAUAGCCUCCAUCAUGGAGGUGCUAGCAAAUGCAGCCGUAGCAGAUAUCUGUAAACUCGUAGAUGACGACUAUGCAGUGUUUCGUUUGGAAAUAACUCAAAGCCAGAAAGAAAACAGGGCAUUGCGGAGGAAACUACAGCUACUGGAACUAAAGGUAGCACGGGAGCGCGUCGUCGCCAGUCGUCCCAGUAGUGUCAAGAUCCUCGACCGGUACAGAGGAAUAGCAAGAGGUGAAGCACCUCUCACUGGAGGCAACAGGAGCUUUGAGAAGCCAGCGAGACACAAUACAUGGGGAGAUGGCCAACCAAUCACUGUUGAUGAGGGGAGUGGAACUUCAACCCAGCAUGUUAUCGUGAUAGAGUCUGCAGAUGCAGAGGCUGCAGGUCCUGGGGUCAAGCAGGAGAGUUCUGAAGGAGAGGAAAUCCAACAGCACAGCAGAGACAUCCAGACUGGAGCGUCUGGAGCACCCCCUGUAGCCACGGAGGACCCUACCACCGCCCCAGCGCAGCCCAGGACCCGACGCAACAUCAUGGAGGAGGAGGAGGGUCCAGAGGUGCUGCUGGUGAAGGAGGAGGAGAGUCUGAGGAACCCUGAGGGGACCAUGGUCAUGGAGGACAACCAGACUACACCACCUCCUGAACUCACAGAGGAACCAGCUGAGCAGCACAGGACCACACACAGUCUCACUGAGUCAGUAGACAUGGAGGAUGGGAAGCCUGAUCUGCUGCUGAUCAAAGAGGAGACUAUAGAAGACGGACCAGAGAGCAUUGACCUGCUAAGUGGACUAAAGAUGGGGGAGCAAGGUGGUUGGCUGGAGGUUAAAAAAGGAGACUGGGCGGCCAUCUUGGAUUCCCAGACCGGAGCAGCCAAGGGUCGAGGAGAUGACAUCACCGAGCUGGCCAGGGCCAGAGGUGACAUAGUGGAGGUCAGUGGAUGGGACAGCAUCCUUAAUGCCGGGCUGGGGAACAACACUGUUAACCACAACCCAAAACAGACAGUCGAACACAAAACAACAUCCAAACUUAGUUUCCAUGACAACAGACUGGCUGAGACCAGGGCAAGGCGUAGAUUUGGUCUGCAGGGACGGGGUGGUGUGGGUGUGAGUCGGGAGAGAACAGACACAGACUCAGCUAGCGAUGCUCCAUCCUGCUCCUAUAGUUGUGAUUCAGAGAGACUGAUUGGGCCUCAGGUUAACCCCGUAACAGAUGCUGCCUUCAGCCUGCCUUCUAUAGGAUCUAUCAACUGGAAGAUGGACCCUGCAACAACACAGACACUCCCUGGCCUUCAUCCUCCUCAUACUAUUCUAAUGUUAAACCAGACCUCUGACAAUGACAGUGCCUCAACACUAAAUAGCUACACAAGCCCAUUGACAAAUGACAGUAGUGGAGAUGGAAUCAGAAAAGGUGGUGGCGCCAAAGAGAAGCGAUUCCCGUGUUCGUUCUGUGGGAAAGCCUUCAGUUUCCCCCAACAGGUGGAGAUCCACCAGAGGAUGCACACAGGGGAGAAACCUUUCUGCUGCAACCUGUGUCGGGCAAGUUUCUCCCACUUAUCCAGCCUGAAGAGGCACCAGAGGGUCCACACAGGGGAGAAACCUUUCGGUUGCCACCUGUGCCGGGUCAGUUUCUCCCACACGUCCAGCCUGAAGAGGCACCUGAAUGUCCACACAGGAGAGAGGCCGUUCGCCUGUACGCACUGCGAGAAGAGGUUCUCGGAGAGAAGCUACCUCAGGUUACACCAGCAGAAAAUGCACACGGCCCAUGUAUAGUGUAGAGUAGUAUUAGUUAGUUUGUAGUUAAUUAUGUUUUUUUUAUGUAGUAGGGAACUGGAUCAAAUUAACCGAGGAAAAAAUUUGUAUGAUGAAGCAGAGUAGAUGAUAUGGUGAUGGUUGGUGUGAUGGGGUCUUUUAAAAUGCUUCACUGAUAAGAAAUGACAACAUUGUCCUGUUGUUUAAUGUGCUUGUUUUAUAAUGAGGAACUGAUAGUGCCUUAAUUCAUUUCGUUUCCUUGACAAAGUAAUGAAGCUGUGUGUAAUGUUAAACCUUUUCCAAAGUAUUCUCAUUCAUUUUAUCAAAGCGAGGGUACCAGAUUUAUAGAAAAGGUCAAGUGUUACCAUAGGGAGAAAAAUAUAUAUACUAAUUACUAGGGCUUUUGCGGUAAUCCAGCAUUCAUGAGUCAUGACCUCAAUAAAAUUCUGUGACCAGUCAUGGUAAUCUCCUUUUAAGCACUCUGGACAUAUGUUAGUAGUACCCAACUCGGUAAUGAUCAUCAGGUCGCUAAUGGCAUGAUUCUCAGGGCUCUAUUGUCCUUCUAGCCUCUCUGACAUCAACGCAAAUGUCAUCGAAAAUCACAAACACUUAUCACCAAAACAGUAUGUGCUUUUAAAACGUACCUCCCUGUGAUUGGUUGAUUAGUUGUAGUUCUGCUCUUGAACAAGGCAGUUAACCCACUGUUCCUAGGCCAUCAUUGAAAAUAAGAAUGGUUUCUUAACUGACUUGCCUAGUUAAAUAAAGUUAAAAUAAAAAAAUAAAAACUGAUGGAAAAAAAGUUAAUAAAAAACAGAUAAGAUAUCUUUGUUACAAAAUUGGCCAAGCCUAAAUAAAACUAAUUCAGUCUACAUUAUAGUGAAUGUUGAUUUUAUUUUGAAUAGCCUAGUAAUAGGGCACGUUUUAUAUUUUUCAUAAUUAAUAGGCUGACACUUUACAUUUAGCUACAGAAUAUCUCACCACCAUGUGCUUCCAUCUCCUCCCCGCUCUCCUUCAUGACAUUCUUCAGCGCGCAGAGAGAGGCGCUGUCAACAGUUUAAUGAAAUACCGUAAAUAGUUUCGAUGUGAAAACAUGUUACUAUCGAUUUUCUCUUACAGAUUUCACUUAGUUUCCCAAAUGAAGCACUGGGUAGCUGCAGGAACAGGGUUGGAGUGCCCAUGGCAUACAGAGUUUGGGCGGAAUAUCUAUCACAUGUUGCGCCGCGACAUAACCGUAGUUUACCGGAUAUGGGACGAAGCGGCUGGAAAGUGGCCUCCAUUCGCUAUUCGAUACAGAUGAUAUGUAUUUUUUUCUCUUGCCCAUGUUUCUGCCAAUUUGACAAUGGGCCAUUAUAGAUCUAAACUAAUUUGACAUAUUAGUUCAGAUUAAAUUGAGAAUAGUCUGGUGAAAGAAUGGUCACUUGAUGAAAGCUGGAGGGAACAGCAUGUGCAGCCAGCCUGAGGCAAGGAACAGAUAUUGCGAUAAUCUCAAAAUCGUCAAUUCCCAAGAGUCGCAUCAUGCAGCCCAUAUAUCUUUUGAUUUCUAAUGCAUUCUAAGGUUUGUAUCAUUCACAACUAAAGUUGCCAAAUUACUGAAAAUCUAGCAUAUAGGACCUGUUUCAAAUGAUGACUUUUACGUUCAACAUAGACACUUAAUAUGCGCACUCCUCUGGAAAGGGAAAAAUAUCCUUUCUAUUUUAAGUUCAAUUAUAAUCUUCUUACUAUAAAAUCAUAUAAUAUAACACAAUGGCAUGGGACUUAAGGAUAUCUUGUCUGCUAAAUGAACAAGUCUACAGCAUGGCGCAUAGCCAUAAAAUUAUGUAUUUUUGACAGUGUACAGUAGGGCAACUCAUAUUCUAUUCUUCUGAAAUACAUUUUCUUCAUAUCAUGUAUCUUUAGACUGGCCUAAAAUAAAUCUUGGCUUUAUUGUGAUGGUUUAUAUUCAAUUGAUUUGAUAUUGUUAAAUGUAGAUGUUCCAAAGUUCAUCAGCAGCUUGUAUGCAUGGAGGCCUGGAGAUGCUCAACGUGUUUAUGUUAAUUUACUGGUCAAUUACGUGAGACUGACAGUUUUGCAUGACAAUAACCAGCUGACAAAAUGUCAUGACCACCACUCCCCUAUUUAUUUUGUCAUGAGCACCACAGCCCAACUUAUUGUUUUCUUUAAUAAAAAAGUACUGUACUUUACAUUAUGUAAGUGUAUUACCAUUUUAGUUGAAAUUAAAUACAAAUUUGACUCUG